AUGAACCACUGCGGACGCGCUCCGGGGGUCUCAAAAGUCGACCGGCGCAGAUUUGAGCAGGUUGUCGAGGACAUGGUCAGGCAGGUCGUCGAGCAGGCCACAUGCACCGGGGGUCCCUUAUCGCCGCCACCCCCGAGGGCUACUGUGCUCUUUGCAGGUUUCCCCUGCCAGCCUUUCAGCAACCUUGGAAAAAGAAGAGGUCUGGACUGCGAAAAGAAUGGCCACCACCUGUACGGGAUUCUGAAGCUGCUCAUCUACCUGCGAAACCCUAUUGUGGUCCUUGAGAACGUGAAGCCGUUCGCCGAGAACAAGGACUUUGGGGCGAUGGAGGUGGUGCAAGAGGAAUUUGAAGAGCUUGGGUAUCAUGUGUCCCAUAAUGUCUACAAUACGGUAGAUUUCGGCUUGCCACAAAACAGGGAGCGCCUGUUCAUAGUGGCAGUGCGCAAGGACCUUGCCACAAGACCCUUCAGAUUCGAACAAGCGCCCAGCCGCGGUCGAGGUCCUCCGGCCCUGACGGAGUUUCUGGACCCUCCGAAGCGGGUCUGGGGCCGGGGUCACCACAAACUUCACAAUGGUGUCAUUGUAAAUCCUUAUAUACCCGAGCAUCCAAAGGGAGUGUGGAUACCAAAGACCAUGAAUGGGAAAGAGACCAAGUUUGUCUCGGACCCAAGCACACCCGGGAGAGCAAAGGGUCUUCGGAGACUUGGCGAUCUAGGAGCGGAAGGGCUGGCCCGUUAUAUAUCUAAUGACAUAGUAUACCAUCACACGGGACUAGCUGGGGCCAUCACCACCAAGAUGCACAACUGGUAUCAGGUCCCCCACACAGGUGGCAGGGAACUCAUCCGUCGGCUGAGCCUCGGCGAGGGGCUCAGGAUCCAGGGCGUGCCGGAAGACGUCGUGCUCUCGGAAAGCGGAUAUCAAGCACGGCGACAGAUCGGCAAUAGUGUUGCCCCACCGAUUGCAGAGUGGAUCGUGCGGUGCCUGCAAGGUCAAUAUCAAGACAUAUUUGACUCUGAGGCGUGCUCUACCACUGAGGUCUGGCCUCAUGUACAAGCACCGAAGAUGAGCCCAGAAGAGAGGCAGGGUAUGAUGCAGCACAUGGACAGACUCGAGUCGCGCAGAAGAGAGGGCCAGGAACGGCGCAAGGCUCAGAGGGCCCUGAGAGAAGAGGCCGAACGCGCCGCUGGCUUCUGCGACAGGGACGAAGAAGCCGGGCAAGACGGACGAGGAUGA